AAUUGCCCUCUCCUCGAAACCCACCGUACGGGAACGAAGACCUCGUCCGGCGGGCGCGGGAGGGCGGCUCACUUUUAAAUUCGUCGUGUAACCUGGAUCGCGGGCCUCGCUGCUGUCAGCCGCGCCGCUGUCUCCGCCGGAGCACGCCGUGGGUAUCAGACACCGCCAUGUGGAACUACGUCUUCCUCUGUCUUCUCUUCCUCAUCAAAAUCAUCGGAGGCCUGGAUCGAGAGGAGUAUGAAUUCGGCGUCGGCAUCGCAGACAUCACCGGUCCGGCGGCUGAAAUCGGAAUGUUAGGCUAUGCCAAGGCCGGCCAGUCUUCAGCCGGCAUCCACUUCCGUGUGUACAGCAGGGCGUUCAUCAUAAAGCAAGGUGAUUCCAGGGUGGUCAUCGUCAAUGUAGACUCCGCCAUGAUUGGUGACAUCGUAAAAAUUGAGGUGGUCAAGCGUCUUCAGGAGAAGUACGGCCCGUCGCUUUACAGCGAGGAGAACAUUCUGCUGACAGCGACGCACACGCACUCGUCGGUGGGCGGCUUCAUGCAGUACCUGCUCUAUAACAUCCACACCCAGGGCUUCAUCCGCCAGGUGGCCGACGUCCAAAUCGACGGCAUAUGCAGGAGUAUUGACCAAGCACACGAGGGCAUCCGGAAGGGCUACAUCUACUGGAACGAAGGCGAGCUCCUGCACGCCAACAUCAACCGCAGUCCAUACGCAUACGAGGCAAAUCCAGCUGAGGAGAAAGCCAAGUACAGGAACAACACGGACACAAAGAUGCUGCUUCUCAAGUUCACAGAUCUAAAGAACAACCCAGUAGCAAUGAUAAAUUGGUUCUCCGUUCACCCAACUAGCAUGAACAACAGCAACGUACUUAUUAGCGGUGACAACAAGGGAUACGCCGAGCUCAUGUUCGAAUACACAAUGAACAGAAAUCUUCCCGGGAAGGGUCCAUUCAUCGCCGCUUUUGCACAGUCCAAUGAGGGCGACGUGUCCCCCAACCUACAGGGACCACGGUGCAUCGACACGGGUCUUCCGUGUGACUUCGAGACAUCUACCUGCAAUGGCCGGACUGAAAAUUGCAUCGCUUUUGGCCCUGGCAAAGACAUGUUUGAAAGCACAAAAAUUAUUGGUGAGCGGCAGCUCCAAAAGGCAUUGGACCUGUUCCACUCGGCCUCACGCAAGCUCUCCGGCAGUGUUGGAUUCGCCUACCAAAGGGUGAACAUGGGGAAGUAUGAAGUCAGCGACAACGAAGCAGAUCCGAUCACAACGUGUACGGCAGCGUUGGGUUACAGCUUCGCAGCAGGAACGACUGAUGGACCGGGCCAGUUCGACUUCACACAGUCAACGACGCAGUCGACCCCAUUUUGGAAUUUUGUUCGUGACUUCAUCGCGACACCAUCGAAGGAGGCCAUCAAAUGUCAUCACCCGAAACCCAUCCUGCUGCCUGUAGGAGAGAUGAACUUUCCAUAUCCUUGGGUGACCACCAUCGUUCCUACUCAAAUUCUGAAAGUCGGACAGCUGUAUAUUCUUGGUGCGCCUGGAGAGUUUACCCUCAGGCGCAUCGUAUGCAUUGACCGCGGGUCGCUCGGCCACGUGGUGAGGAUGAAAGACCCAGAAUCCAUGGUCGUGUUGGCUGGCCUGUCCAAUACAUACACGCAUUACGUGGCUACUUACGAAGAGUACCAGGUACAACGCUACGAGGGAGCGUCGACGAUAUACGGGCCGCACACUUUGUUAGCCUACCAAAAGCAAUUCGAAGGUCUGGCUGUGAGUCUGACGACCAAUACGACCCUGCCCAUCGGACCUCCCCUUCCCAACCUGCUCUCCAAGCAAGUAACCUUCAAGACAGGUGUUGUCUUCGACGGUGCCCCUCUUGGAAAAGCGUUCGGCUAUGUGCUGUCCGACGCCAAUGAUGCGUACAACAGGGGAGAUCGGGUCUUUGUGACGUUUGUCUCCGGCCAUCCAAGAAACAACUUGAUGCUGGAAAGCACGUACUUGACCGUGGAAAAACUUGCAGAGGAUGGAGAAUCAUGGACCGUCGUAGCUACGGACGGCAACUGGGAAACAAGAUUCUACUGGCGCCGCACUUCGGGCUUCCUGGGGCAGAGCGAGGCGACAGUCAUGUGGGAAAUCCCGCAAAGUGCGGAACCGGGCGUCUACAGGAUUCGUCACUUUGGUCACAGCAAGAACAUCCUCCAGGUGGUUACUCCCUACGAGGGCAGCAGUAAACGGUUCAAUGUGAAUCCAUAGCAUGCGGCCAGGAAGAAGCGGAAAAACAGUUGCGCAGGAAGUCACCGCGGUGCCACGCCUUGUGCGCAGUCUUGCUCAAUGGAAGCGCGCCGCCGCCGCCGACUGUCCCGGUCCUUGCGCAACUCUUUCUGCUCAGCGCCUUCGAAGCGCAUUCCUGCUCGCCUGCUUAAUGUCAAAUGCUGCCAACAUUACCUAACGUCCUUCGACCUCGAUGGCCCAAGGUCAUCGCCGUCGAACCAUAGGCGGAAGCCGCCGAAGUUCAGUGAAAUGAGCAGUGCCCAUGCGUCGUCGGGGGAUGAAGCACUCAUCGAGUCUUCGGCUGCAAAAUCGGAAGAGAAGCGACUUGAUUCAGCUUCGCGCAACGAUUCGCAAUACGCUCACAGUACUGCUAAGCUGAACUCAUCUGACAGUGUCAGCCAUCACACAUACCUUCACUCCCAAAGUGACAAUAACGGCGUGCAAUCAUUAUCGCCUUCGAAUCACUUUCCGCAUCAUUCAUCAGACAAGAACAGCCGUAGCGAGAUUACGGCGCUAUCUCUAAACACCUGGAAUAAAUUCGUUAAUGGUGGCACUGUGGUAGGCCGUGCACCAGAUAUUAGCGGGAAAGAGCAGACACACUUUUCCGUGAAACCACCGGCUUGGGCAAGCGGCUACCACACGCAUCCUUCUAUUCGGUUGGCUACUCGGCAUCGGCUUCCCUCGCCUGCGCAGCGGCGCCAAAUCUUGUCCACUCUGAUAAAACACCCACUCCACAUUUUCAGCUAUCGCGAUCGAAAGCUACCAUUUCAUCUGCGAAACCGCCACCGUGUUGCCUCCAACAUUCAAGACACUCUUCGCGCCUUCUCAUCGACGCGUCACCGCUGGACAGAUCGGGAUGACGUGAGGCUCGACUAUUCGGCUUCUGAGCGCACACGUUCCAUCACCCGACUGCCCGCUCCUGAAAUGGCUGUGGUGAUGGGACGAGAAGUGCUGGCGCGCCGGCUAGCGAAUGGUCGUUUGCCAGCAACGCUUGACACGCUCCGAAAGCUGCAUGAUAUUCAGGGUAUAUCGCUAUCUCUCAGAGGCGCUCAGCGUCUAUGAAGCGCGAAUAGGGAAUAUAAUGGUCCGCUGUUUUUCGAAGCUGGGACCGGAAAGCUUCGAAAACGUCAAAGCGUCUGCAUGUGAUUUCCUUUCUUAGGCCACCAUUCAUUGCUUAUUAUCUGGUCACGGUGCAAAGACUGGAAAAAGGUGAUUUAUAUAGUAUGCUGCCAAAUAUAUAUUGUUCUGACUUUUGCCAUUGUCAUGUUUCACAAGCAGACUAAUAAGGAGUAGUGAGCAGUUAAAUAUGAACAACAUGCUGUCAAAUCACAUCUACUAACCUGGAUUACAUAAGUUUGCCAUGAAGCUGAAUUUAUAAUAGCUACAGGGAGAGUUACUUUGAGCAGAAUGAUACAGAAAGAAAAAAAAAACGCUUUGAAACUUCAGAGAUCCCUACUUUCGCGUUUAAUCCGAGAAGUGCUAUUCAUUUUCUCGUGACAUUCAUUCAGAUAGCCUAAGCACACGUCACCUUCUCUUGUACGAACGUUUUCAAGCAUGAUCCAUCGCUUUUUCACCACUGCCUCAAAUAUUGGGCUGAUUUCUUUUUGACAAAUGCAACUUUUCUGGCGUUAUUCUCUCUGUCACUAACAUUCUUACUUGCCAAGAUAAUGUGCCAUUUGUUGCGCUUCCACCUUAAUCCAAGCUUUUUUUUCGGGUACGUGCGUCAAGAGCGAAUUUAAUAUACAUAAAGUUAGCUUUGAAAACAUACAUUUGAGAACUGUUUCGAGAUGGCUUGUUAUUGUUUACAGCAGUUUAUAAUAUAAUGCUGCAAACGGGCCGAUGAGACUAAUCAUGAAAACAUGAAUCGCGUUGCUUCAAAACUCGCAGCGCCCUCAGCUCGUGAAACAUGCGUAAUUUGGAGCUUGCAGCAGUAGGUUAGUUUAGUAGCUCUUAAAUGUCUUUAUUACCAGUUAAAGCUUAAGAAGUGUGUAGAAAAGCAAGUAUAAAAUCUCUAAUUGUCAUUCGAUUCAUAGUUUGCUUUUGUAGUGCGACGCCUGAAAAUGUUCCACUGGAUACUUUGCUUCAGUAUAACCUCAAUAUUACACGCGUAGAAAAAUAAUGUGCGUUUAGUUGAAACUCAUAGCAGCGCGUGACAAAAGCUUUGUGAGCCAAAGGGGCAUUUUUCUCCACAUAACACGCCAUUUAGUUCUCAUUCGAUAAUAAUUACAGCAUUCGCAUAACUUUGUUGUUAAGUGGCAUUAUGCUAAUGUUAGGAGUUAGGUAUGAAAUCUGUAUAGCUUGCGUUUAAGGCCUAGUAGAUGAAUUUUCCUAACCAUUUUUUCUGGAUUCACAACGAUGGUAUACCACUGAUAGAAACACUGAUGGUCCUUACAAUGUGAUGGCAGCCACUCGGCUUUUAAAAGCUACCUUAUAGUUUUUGUGUCUAUUAUGUUGCUGAUCAUCUCCGCGCUCAAGAAUCCAUUAGUAAGAAUUUAAUAUCUUUCGCAAGAAAAAAAUCUGAAACUCUUCAAGUUCGCAAGCUUUAGUAAUGAUCUUUACUUAAUGAGUAUUGUGUCUAUACCAACGGAUGCAACAGUAGUUGUUUUUUACAAAUAUACUUAGUAUUUUAUUGUCACCAUUGGUAUUAUUUUCUUGUUAUUGUUAUUGAAGGUUCUUAACAUAUUUUAGAACAUUAUAUUGCAUGAUAUAUUGUUGUACGCCCACUCAUUUAGUCUUCUAACUGGAGUAUUCAUAAAAUAAUCAUCGAUGAGUAUAAAAGUGUGCAAUAUGUUCUCGGAAAGAGGUCCUACAGGAUUUAUCUUUUUUGAAGUAAUGCCCUAUGCUAAUAUCGUAAAAAGUGGACUAAAAAUCUCAAGUUAAUACGCUGAAAGCUAGCAAUAGUACAAGAAUUUGUCUGAUGCAUUUGUGAUCGUGUCUGGAGCAAACACACAUACACACACACACGCAAACACAAAAAAGAAAAACAGGACGAGAGGACGAUGUCCUAGUGGCUCUUUACUAAAGCACUAAAAGUUGACAGAAUUGAGAACACAUGCUCACCGAUUCUCGUAAGAUCAGACUCUAACGCUUGUUUGAAACACGUAGGCACAUGACGCCCGUGGUAGACACACAAUCGAGGAAUUAUAUAACGUGUGCGUAAUUAUCUGAGGAAAGGUACAGAGAGUAGUAAGUUCAUUACUUGAAUCCUUAUGACGAUUACAUAAUUAAAGUUUUUACUGAAAAAGCGUCUGUUUAUUGGAACCACGAGUUUUUCUGCAAAAGCCUGCUUCAUAAAAUAUUCUCAUGCAGCUGCCUUAACAAAGCUAAUAGCACAUCUUUCUAAUUACCAGUAAUUUUUUUUUUCGGACCAGUAGUGCAGCAAGUUCCCCGGGUACUGCCUUAAAUAACGUCACUGGUAUGCAUGGUCAUACCGUUCAGUUGAGUACAAGUGGCUGCGUGAUUGUGUCCUCGUAGUGAGCAGUGUAUUCUUUCUCGCUGUGCGUUAUGCAACCCCAGGCAUACCGGUACAGUGAGUACAGGUGCGUCGGGAUAGUAUGCCGUCGUCUGCCAGUGUGCACUUUUGCUUUGUGUGUUGCGUGGAAGCUCAAACACUUUUCUAUGUACAUUAGGAGGGUUGCGAGCCAGAGCGUAGACGCUGACUAGGAGCCGAUGACCGCGUUCGUGCGUCGUAUUUCAUAACAAUAUCAGUCAAUGGUAAAUUCUCUCGAAGGUGAAACCAAGUAGUAAUUUCUUCUCUCAACAAAUAUUUUAAGCUAUUUUUCUAACUGUGACAUUCUACUCUGUAAUAGAUGCCUAAAAAGCACAGAGGGAGGUUCGAAAUUGACGCAUCCCCCACUUACAAAUUCACUGCAAAUAAAAUACUAUUGACGAACAAACCAAUUAAAAAGCUACAGUGCGGCGACAUUGAAAUUUUCGCUCUAGCUGAAGCAUUAAAAAAUAAUUCUUUAAUCGUUGAGCAUUCACCCUUAAGAUAUCUUCAACCAGAAGUGCAUGCACCGUCCGUGAGCAAUGAGAGUCUCGGGAUUAAAAUGAACAACCGUAAAUACGUGUUUGAAGGAAGCACUACGGACAAGUGCGACUUGUAAAUAGCUUUUUGCAUGAAAUCUUUUUUGAAUGUGUGCGGUAAUUAUCGCAAGAAGGCAAUGUGUAUGGCCAAUUUCAGUUUCUAUUUUUUCAGUAUCCACCACCAAAGUGUAUGAGCUAACUGCUCUCGUAGUAAUUAUUGUGAGUUCAGUCUAGUUUUUACUCAUUCUCUGUAUAGGUAGAUGCUGCGCUGAUAUUUGCAGUUCUAUAUUUUUGAGAUAAUGUGCAUGUAUUUCUUGCCGAACAGUGUACAUUUUCUUGGCUUUUAGAAAGCUGCGCUGAGCGCAGUAGAACAAGAAAGGAACAUGCCUACUACAAUCUGGUCAUCAGUGGACUUGUUUUUCCUUGAUGUUUGUCGUUUUCUUUGAGCGGCCGCAUUCAGUAUCCAGAUCUUCCUGGUGCGUGAGCUCGCUUCCUGGUCCGGUAAGCGGCACAGGAAGGGACUUCGCUGCAUCUCCGCGAGGCGCAGCAAACGCACUGAGGGGACAUUUGUCGUCUCCAAAAGUUCUGCCGAGAGUCGAGUGUGGCACUCAUUUUUGUGACCCGCCCUGAAGGAAGGGAAGAUUCAGCUCUAAACAGAGGUGUUUUACUUUGGUGCAAUGAAGCACUGAGGAAGAGUGUAACUUAGCGUGUACCUGUGUUUAAGUAUCUGCUAUGCAAGUUAAUGCCGCGCGGUGUAUCAUCAUGUUAUCCGAAGACAACAGUUCUGCCUGCUCGUUGUGUUUUGUUGGCUGCACUGUGAAUCAAUUGCAAUGUUUCUGGUGUAAACUGAACCCGCGCAUAUUAGCGCAAAACAUGUUGACCCUGUGAUCCCAGUUGAUUGGGCGGAAGUGUAUAAGUUGAAUUGUUAGAGGAUAUUUCAUGCGUGUGUUUAAUCGAUCACUUACUUCUUCCAACUUUUUUUGUAAAGGAAUACCGGUAUCAAUAAAGCGUUAUGUUGUUUUUGUUAUAAUUA